AUGAAGGUUGGCUGGAUUGCAAAGUUAUUCAUCUACUUCUUCAUAGUCACCUUCUCAGGCCCUUUUUUUGACAACUGGACAACGACGGAAAAGUUCCUCUUCCUGAGUGACGCAUAUGCCGGAAAGUGUAAGCCGUCGGAGCUGGUAGGGCGUCCAACGGAAACGUUCCGCUGCGAAGCGCAGCAGCUGGCAGUUAACGGACUGCUCUCGUACGCGAGGAUGGCGGAGUUCCUGACCUCGGUGGUAAUAGGGAUCGGCGUGGACAGGUUCGGGCCACGGAUAGUCUCGACGCUGGGAGUGAUGCUGUGCAUAGCCUCCUGGGCGUUCAUGUGCAUGUUCCCAAAGUCGGGAGUGAUGCUGAAGCUGUCAAUGCUGGUGAUCGGCGUGAGCAUCAACGCGACGCUCUUCCCAGCCCUCACAAUAGAACGCUACACGAAGAGGUACAAGUCGGAGGUGCUGAUAUUCAUAGGCUCCUCGAGCUCUAUCACGUGCCUGGUGAUGAAGCUGCUGGAGCUCCUGGUAGUUAAGACGGGGAUAUCGCCGAUGACAGCAGGGUUCUACUUCAUCCUGCUGCUACUCAUACCGUGCUUCGUGUGCAGUUACAUUUUCUUCCCAGGGAACCUGAAGAAGGACGUUAACAGAAUAGGACAGAAGGACGCACACAUACACACACACACGCGAGAGGAAAGUGGCCUAAGCAGGGGGUCAGAAACCAGUAAGUUGAGCAUGAGUCAGCCAGAUACGAAUCUACUGGUGAGAUCGUCACAUGAAGACUACCGAGAGGACGAGGUAGAGGUUAGCAAGGACAAGGCUUAUUACACGGAAGACCUGGACGAUAUCACAAAUGAAGUACAUGACCAAAGUUUAGUUGAUUUGAUAAAAAAGAAAGAAAGCAAUGUGAUAUACGACCCUGGAAAGGAUUAUGAGACUCACGCAGAGAACAAUUUUAACAAGUUGAGUCAAGGAGAAGAGUCACCGCAUGGUAAACCAAACGAGCCGUGGGCAGUGUUGACGAAGAGAAACAGCCUGGAGGAAAACCAGGUCGAGCUCACCAACAGUAACAUGGUGGAUGAGUCGAACGAUAAUCCAGUGAUCAGUAACUUGUCAAUAAGCAAGUGGGAGAGCAGUAAACACAACAGCAGGUGGGACCUGGGAGCAUACGCGAGCUGGGAAAAGGGAGCGCACGCGAAGAGGUGGACCUGGAGAAGCUUCCUUAAAAACCUCUACUCGUUCGAAGUGGUCCUGUCGGUACUCUACUUCUGCCUCAACGUGGUCUCGCUGACCUACGCGCAGCAGUCGUACGACAUACUAUACUCGCACAUCGGCUCCCUGCUGCUCCUCAUCGAGUACGUGCUGCCCUUCUCGUUCAUCCCCUGUGUGCUCUUCAUGGUAUUCGCUAAGUUUUUCACAGCAUUCACGCUCCUGCUCACAGUCGGCACGAUAUGGCUUGUCCUGAGCCUGUGCUCGCUCUUCCAGAGCUACACGGCAGGAAUACUGAACGCGAUCCUGCUGACGGUCACGUACAGCAUCUACAACACGCACAUGUACAUAUACCUGGAGGCGAAGGUGGACAAGGACUACUACGCGAGCGUGCUCGGCUUCCUGAACACAGUCGCAGGCCUGAGCAUGCUCAUCAACGUGUUCGCAAUCAGUCCGAUGACGGACAGAAGGACGAUCCUCAACAUAAACAUAUCCAUGCUCGUGCUGCGAGUGGUGUUCCUGGGCCUUUUCAUCUACGUCAACCUGGGCAGGUGGCUGAGGACCCGGAAGUCGGACAAGAGAGUGACGCCUCUAUAG